AUGUUGUUUAAGGUGCGUGCCAGAGUCGAAUUUACGAACAUAAAAUGUGAAGCCGUAGAUCCGGCCUACAACUCAAUACGAUACUGCUACAUUCGGGCAGUGAAUCGCACAUACAAGUAUUUAUCGGCGGCCAAUCAUUUCCUCUCGAAGGAGCCAAAAAAUAAUAUAUCAGUUGGUGUUGCUGCACUGAAACGCGCCAACGGUUAUAAGCCCUUCCUCUACAAUGUCACAGUGGAUGGUUGCAAAUUUCUUCGCACCGGUGGCAAUAAUCUCCUUCGUUUUUUACAUGCUCUCUUCCACAAGUACUCCAAUAUUAAUCACACUUGUCCUUACACCCAUGACAUUGAGGUAAACAUGUUGCCGGUAAGUCACAUCGAUAAUUUAAUGACAAAUGUGCUACCAUUCCCGAGGGGUGACUACCAACUCGUCACAUCAUGGUACACCUACAAUGCUUUGCGGGCCGUGGUUAGGGUAUUUGUAACAUUGUCUUAG